AUGAUAAACGAAACAGAUUCAAUUCCCAGCCUGAUGAAAUUAAGCAAUACGAAUUACUACGAAUGGAGUCAUGAAAUCUUAGCAUAUCUAAUGACUCAGAACCUAGACCAAUUCAUUCAAUCAGAAAUCAAACCAACCGAAUCUGAACUUGAAGAUCCUCAUUACUCAAUCCGAAAGAAAAAAACAUCAGGCAUCAUAUUUCUAUCUUUGGAUCAAAACAAUCGAUACAAAAUCAUUACUGAAAACCUUUUAUCAGAUCCAUUAAAGAUAUGGUUAUUUUUAAAAGAAGAAUAUCAAUCUAAAUCACCCUCAAACCAAGGAAGGACUUAUUCAAAAUUAUGUCAUUUAAAAUACGUGAAUUUAGAUCAAUUCAUUAAAGAUACUCGUAGAUGUUUAGCUUACAUAACUGCAUGUGAUGGUCACAAACAAACAUUAGAUUGGAUGUUUGCUGCAAUGAUUGUUGUUAAACUUCCUGAUUCCAUGGAAUCCACUGUUGCUUCUUUAACUAGUCAUUAUCCAAUGAAUACUAAGCAUGUAUUGAAGACUCUCGAGAUUUAUGAAGCUAAUAUGACUAGUCAUCUACUAUAA